CGCGAUCGUGGCCGUUCUCGGGCUUUUCUCCGACGUUGGACGUAUAUUUGAUUCUUUAAAUGUGUUCGGUAGCUUUAUUCUGUGAAUAAUGUUUGGGGAUGCAGUCUAAAUUAAAAAAAGGAGAAGUGCAAAAGUGCAAACAAUGCAAAUAAUAUUUUUUACCGCAUCCUUUAAAUCUAAAUAGUAAGAAGAGGAAAAUUAAUGAUGCAAAAGAUAUAAUAGAUUGCAUUUAACGAAUACAAUGGUUGAGUAAUUCAUCAAUGUAAUUGAUUUAAAUUUAGGAAUGUAACAAUAAAGACUGAUAAUCACUGAUCGCUUACUGAUCGUACGAUUCAUUCCGUUGAAUGCAGCUAUAAGAUAGUCUUUAUCUGCAAAAAUAAUGAACAAUAUGUUAAUUUUUAUUCCACAAUUAUUGCAUACCAAACGAUCUGGUUAUUUACUUGGUAAAGUGAUAUAUGAUACCCGUAAUGAUUUGAAAAAAUUUUACGUUAUCACUUUGCGUGAAGUGACCUCGGUAGAUUUAAUUAAAUCUACAUUAGAUGUUAUUGGAUAUUAUUCCAAUGUAGACGAUGCAAAUGAAGAAAUUAUAGAAUACAAACAUCCACAUUGGAUACACAUUGUAAUGAAACCUUCUAAGACAAGUAAUCAAGGCAAUAAAUAUCAUCUAAUGAGUAUAAUUUUUAACAAUAAGAAAAUGAAUCUGUCAGCGAUACGUACAAUAAUGAUUCUGUAUGAUCAACAAGUAUUAUAUGAAACAGAAUUGUUUGAAAGUGAAGCAGAAUCGAGCAAUCAUUUUCAUGAACUUGCAAGACUUAUACAAAACAAAAAAGAUGAGUUAACAAUUAAAUCCAGAUUUGUGUGCAUCUGGGAAACUCUGUUGACUUAUCAUAUGUUCCUUUAUUUGUAUCCUGUCCAAUCGCUAUCCAAAGUAACAGAGAGGUUAUUACCAAUCUUAAAAUAUUCUUCCCUUGGCUUGCACAUCUACGAUUGGCUGGAGAAUAUCAAAUGGAUGUUGGCAAUGGUCAUACAAAACAAGAAUUUUAAAUUAAAAACAGGAAACUAUGCAUUAGCAAUUAUGAUAGAUAUCGCAUUAGGAAUCUUUGUAUUGCAAUUAUUGCAAUAUUAUAUCAAAGAGAGCCCAUCGCAACUUCUUCUAAAUAAUGCAGAAAAAGUUGUAGAAACUUUAAAGGAUCUGAUAAAUUGGUUAAUGGGUGUACCAGCUGGUUUGAAGCUCAACCAUGCUCUGAAUAAUACUAUGGGCAAAUUCUUCUUGUAUCAUAUACAAUUAUGGUGGACAUUUUUAAUAUUUUCAAAGCCGCUUUUGGAUCUUGCAUUUGAGAUAUUGCUCUUAUUUGGAAGACUGGGCUUCACAUUUCAAAUAUCCAUUGUUGCAGAUCUUUUGGCCCUUGUUAGUUUUCAUACAUACUGUAUUUAUGUUUAUGCAGCAAGACUUUUCAAUAUCCAAUUGAGAGGAAUCACGGCACUUUUUAGACUUUUCCUUGGGAAAAAGAAGAAUCCCCUACGUGAAAGAGUGGACUCUUGUCAAUAUCAAACAGAUCAAUUGUUUGUUGGGACACUAUUAUUUACCAUUCUUUUGUUCUUAAUGCCAACAACAUGGAUAUAUUACAUUGUAUUUACGUUGCUCAGAUUAAUGGCAAUUGCAUUUGGCGGUUUUUUGACCAGAUUAAAAUUUUAUCUGCAAGUUAUGCCUGUCUAUACCUUUUGGAAAUGGUUGUUACGAUCUUACAGCAUUUGUAGCAUUGUAGAUAUCAGAUUGCAUCCUUGUUGCACGAAAGAACUGACGAUAUUGUCAAUGACCAUGGUUGUUGCACCUUGGAAAUUUACAUGGAAAAAGUGCAUUCCAGAUACAAUCAUUUGUCAUCCAUUGAUCGAGUGGUGCACAAUAUUAAAUAGCAUUAUAUGGGGCCAUUUAUUAUACCCAUUAUGAAAAACCAUUUCUUAAACAUCUCUAUUUCUCUUAUUUAUAAUAAAAUACACUUCUCUAA